AUGGAAAAACAAAUUGGGCAGAUUGCUUUGCAGGUUUCAGAAAGAGCUCCGGGUACAUUUCCUAGUCAAACAGUACCUAAUCCAAGAGGACAAGAAGAAUGCAAUGUUGUACAUACUUUACGGUCUGGCAAAAGUUACGAUAACAGACAUGAAAAUUCUGCUGGAAAUUCGCAGGCAGCAGAACAGCCCCAAACUAAAUUUGCAAUUUUUGCAGAUUUUGCAAUUUCUGCAGAUUCUGGGCAGCUACAAGACAGAUCCGAAAAUACUGCAGAAGUUACCACAAAAGCUGCAGAACAUGUAUAUGAGCCUCCUAUGCCUUAUCCUGAAAGGUUAAAGCCUAAAGCUAAAGAUCAACAGUUGACAGAUUUUAUGAAAACUUUGGCUAAAGUUCUAAUUAAUCUUCCAUUAAUUGAUGCAAUCAAGAACAUUCCAUCUUAUGCCAAAUGUUUGAAGGAUGUUUGCAUAAAGAAAAAGAAGCUCGUUGAUUUUGAAAAAGUGGUUCUUACAGAACAGUGCAGUGAAGGAGAGCUGAAGACAAUCUUCAGUAUUAUUCAAUUGGCUGACCGUUCAACUACCUACCCUAGAGGAGUCAUGAAAGAUGUUAUUGUGAAGGUUGACAAUUUAUAUUUACCAGCUGAUUUUAUGGUGUUGGACAUGGAUGAAGAUUUGACAACACCUAUCAUUUUGGGCCGCCCAUUUCUGGCAACAGCCCGGACUCUUAUUGACGUUGAAGCUGCAACAUUAGCAUUCCGGGUUGAAGAUCAAACUGUUGUUUUCAAGUUGUUUGAAGCAAGCAUACAUUCAGGUGACAAGCAAGAAUGCAUGCAUGUUGAUGCAUUGGAUGGUUUACCAAGUGCCGAGUUUAUGAACAGAUCAUCUACUGACGAUAAAAUAAAGGAGCGAUGCGUGGUGAUGGAAGAGGUGUUGGUGGAAGAGGUGGUGGAUGAGGUGCAAGUGCAUCAUUUGGAGGAGGAGGUAAGGGAUCCCUCACCUGCUUCACCCUAUUUCCUCGUUGUGUAG